AUGGCAUAUGUUCUAAGGGUGUUGGAAUCCUAUCCUCCGGAACGUGUGACCUUUUUCAUGCCACAGUUGGUGCAGAUAUUGCGACACGAUGAUGGGAAAUUAGUGGAAGGUUACUUGCUUAGAGCUGCUCAAAGAAAUGACAUAUUUGCCCAUAUUCUUAUCUGGCAUCUGCAGGGUGAGACUGUACCUGAGGCAGGGAAAGAUCCAAACAGUGUGAAGAAUGGCUCAUUUUUAGAACUGCUGCCAGCUGUAAGGCAGCAUAUAAUUGACGGUUUUAAUCCAAAGGCACUUGAUAUAUUUAAAAGAGAGUUUGAUUUCUUCGACAAAGUUACAUCAAUUUCUGGUGUAUUAUAUCCACUCCCUAAAGAAGAACGUCGAGCUGGUAUCAAAAGGGAGUUGGAGAAAAUUGAACUGGACGGCGAAGACCUUUAUCUACCAACAGCAACUACUAAGCUUGUUACGGGCAUUCAAGUAGAUAGUGGCAUUCCCCUACAAUCAGCCGCUAACCCCAACCCUGUUCUGCGAUUUCCAGCGCCUCAACCAACAUCCUUCAAUCUCCAUUCCCUUCGCCAAAGCUCCAACUUAAUCAUCGAACCAUCAUCUGAAACCCUCCGUCUCCAUCAGCGUUCAUCAUCACUGUUCGCGACAACAUCUCAACCACUACCUCUUCAUUCCGUCCCUUCUCUCCACCCUAAGUUGAAGUCAGCUUUGGAGGACAUGGGAAUCUCAAGUCUAUUCCCAGUACAAGUUGCAGUCUGGCACAACAGUGGCAGAAUACUAUUACUGGUGUGGGUCAAAGGUUUAACAGUGUACAUGAGUUUCAAGAGUCGUUGCGUAAAUAUGCCAUUGCGCAUCAAUUUGCAUUCAAGGGCUGCUGGUACAACAGGGCAUCAAGCAACUAGGAAUUGGGUGGCUAGUAUUAUAAAGGAAAAGUUGAAAGCUUGUCCAGACUACAAGCCCAAGGAUAUUGUCAAUGACAUCAAGCAGGAAUAUGGAAUUCAACUUAACUACUUCCAGGCCGGCAAAGAUGGUUCCAUCAGCACACAACUUACCUUCGUUCAACACUUCAAUUUUCCGUCCGGAUCUUCCACACUGAUUUCCAUCGCAUAUUCCCACUGUACAGAUCAACACCAGUUGGUUCAACCUCUUCUACUCCAUGUCAGUCCGAUUCAAUCCUCCAACAACAGUGUUACUCCAUCUGUUUCUCAAUCAUUCUCUUCUCCACCAUGUCCCCUCUCCACCACAAAAAUCUUCACAUUCCUCACUUCUCAAUCAUCUAACUCUCAACUCAACCCUCUUACACACAAACCAUGUCAAGCAAAUGGAGAAAACUCAAGCCAGCUUUCGGAUUCAACUCCUGUGUUCACAUUCCCAAACAAUUUGACGAUUCCUCCACAUCUCUCAACACCAACGCAAGAUUCUCCACCGACACCUCCGUCGUUCUAUGGCUCACACAACCUCUCCGCGAAAACCCCCAAAUCCUCCAUUCGUCAGCCCAGAACUCAUGUAUUCUUUACCAAGAUUCAUCACCAGAAAGAGGAAACUACCUGA